AUUCUACUUGAUUCUCCAAGUAGUCAUUACAUAAAAAAAAACACAUCGGUAGUUACACAUACCUAUUAGGGCAAAACUCUGUUCAUUUCAGAUUCCAACCCUCUUGUUGCAGGAACCACAGGAACACCAUGUUAUGCCGGAAAUUGUUUGUUAUACCAUUCCAUUUUCGCAAUGCCUAUUCAACCCUUAUCAAUACCCAUUCUUAUUCUCAGAACCUCUUUUCACACUUUGCCUCCACCAAAUUUAACAUGUCUGCGGCAGACAUCACUCGGAUGUUUAAACGAAAUCGCUCCUUGCAGAGGCUUCAAACCCUCGACAAGGUCGAGCAGUUUGUUGAUAUGUUGAACAGAUACGGCUGCUCUCAAGUCCAAAUUGCUAAGAUAAUGAUGACACAGCCGUCAAUAAUCAGCACAAGUGCAGAAAGAAUAUUGGAACCCAAAAUCAAACUGCUGGAAGAUUUCGGCUUUCAAGGUGAAACUCUGGUGAAGCUUUUGGCGAGCAAUCCAUACAUCUUGAGCGUCAGCCUCAAGAACGACCUUCUUCCCAAGAUGGAGUUUCUUAAGAAUCUAUUUCAGUCCCAGGAGUUCCUUAUCAAAUCCCUGCUUAGAGCUCCCUCCAUUUUCAGUUAUAACCUGGAGAAAACCCUGAAGCCCUCGGUUGUUUUCUGGGAGAGAUGGGGUUUUCAGGGCACGGAUCUCUUCCAACUCUUACGUUUUAGACCGGCCAUUCUGCAACGCUCUUCUCUAACGCCUGCCCAAGCUGAGCUCAUUCGGGAGAUUGGCGUCGACAAAGGAAGCAAGUUGUUCAAAUAUAUUGUAGGUGCAGUAGCUACAAGCCGAAUGGAAACGCUAAUGGCCAAGAUAGAGAAUCUCAAACUCUGCGGACUCUCGGCUGAAGAAACCUGGCAAGUAUGUCGGGCUGGACCUCAAGUUUUUAAUUACUCCAAGGUAAAAGUUCGUGAAACGAUGAACUUUGUAGUUAAAGACAUGGAGCUCCCUGCAAAUUAUAUAGUGAAGCACUCCUGGUUGUUGCAAUUAAAUUUGGAAAAGAUUAUGAGGCCCAGAUUUCUAGUUUGGCAGACAAUCAAAUCCAUGAAUGGCCCGAGCGUUUCACUUUUGUCAGUAUUGGUGAUGCCAGAGGCAAGGUUUGUUAGAAAUAUUGUUAGAGGACAUCCUGAAUCUACAACAUUGUGGACAAUUUAUGAAAAUGCCAUCUCUAAAGCCUCCAACCAUACAAAGAGCUCAAUCCAAUGCUGAUUUGUAUUUUUGGGAGGACACAGUGAGAGGCAGGACUCAGAAACCACAACAAACAUAGUAAUCCAGUCUUUAGCAGAAGGUAGGCAGACCCUCCUCUCGUCAAGGUGUAGGCUUUGGACAUUUUGCAUUUCUGGAGGUACGAUAUUCAACAACAGAAGCUACGUUCAUAUUCCCCUGCCAUGCAUUCCGUGUCUAAUUGUUCUUCAACCAAGGUAUGCAUAUUAGUUACUGACUUUUUAAGUGAGCUAAGUGCUUUCACUGCAGUCAUUCAGUGUGAUGUAAUUGGUGACUACUUAAUAACCAGAAGUUUUGUUUCAUCUGAAAGACAUUUUGUUUCAUCUGAAAGACAUUUCAUUAUAUCACAUCGCUAUGUUUGGAAUGAGAGUUAUGCUAGAGGAAGGAGUGAACAGUUGAACAUAAUUUUCAGCAAACAAGUUUUCCAGCCUUCAAUAUUUUCGGAAGCUGUAACCUUGGUUUUGAUGUAGUAUCAUUUAGAAUUCCCGAGUCAGCUUUUCUUAAGAUUGUCAUGUAUGUCUUUCAAAGAAAUUAUUAAAACCAGUACACUAGACCAGUAGGUUCUUCUAUUUACAGUGGAAGUUCAUUAGCAGUUGGACAAUAUCACAAAACAUUUUUAGAUGGAAGUCAUAGUUAAUAAAAUGGUUUUAAGCAUAGAAGCAAUAGUCUGCAAAAAAAAUCGUGAUUAUAUCUGAUUAAUCUUGAAUCCUGGAGCUAGCUGAUUUAUUCUCCGAAAAAAUCGUUGACCAAUCGUUGAUCCAAUUUUCAAUGAUUUUUUGAAUUUAAAUCAUGUUAAAAACUCCAAAAAAUGGCAAAAAAAAGUGAAAAAAAUCAUUGUAAAACCUUGCAAAACCUGAAUCAGAGUCAAUGUGGAAUCAAAAUUGAAAAAGUUUGUUAUUUUGUCCAUUUUGGGGGGUUCAUCAUUUUCCACACUUCACUUGUUCAAUGGCCCAGCAGAGGUUUGAACCUUGGUGAUUACCUCACCAAUGCAAUAUUUUUACCACAACACUAAACUUCCGAAAACAUAUAUAAUAUAUAUAGAUAUAGAUAUAUGAUUCUUAAUUUACAAUUGAUAUAGUUAAUUUUUGCUAAGCAAAAACAUACAAUUAAUUAUGCGAGCAAUAUAUCCAAAGUGCUCCACAACAUAAUACUGAAUGACAACAAUCAAGUGUACAUAGUUGUAAUAAAAGAGCCUCCAACAUCCAAUCAUUAAAAUUUGUUUCUACCUAAAAUAGUAGUUGCAAGCUAGGUAUUGCCUGUUGUUUGUAAUUAGGGCGGCAGAUUCCAAUUGCCUUGGGCAACAUUGGAAUCCGCCUAAAGGGACCAGCCCCUUUCUCCAACGCAUAAAGACUGAGCCCUAAACCUCCAUGCCUCACCUCCACGCUUCACUAAAACAUACACGCCUCAUGAUAGGACCUAUCCUAACUUCGCAUUAAGCAAUUUAGUGAAUUAAAUAAUUAAAAAGGUUUUAUUUAAUUUGCAAAAGCCGACAUGCUAAAAGGGGUUCGCUCCUCAUAUAAAUGAGCAUUCAACUCUCACCACAAAUCACCAAUUCAAGCACUCACUUCAUGCGAAAGUCUGGAUAAUGCGAACCUCAGGAAGAAAGUCUUCAUCUGUACAUACAGAAAUCUUAUCUGCUAUAUCAGCGAUUUGUAUCUGCCAUCUGCCAGUUGAGGUGUGAAUUACAUCAUUAGAAGGAGGCGAACUUAGUGAAGAUUGUGCGAAUUUCUUGAGGGUCUGCAAAUCUGGGUUAAAAGGAGCAGCAAGCUAUCAGCAAUCAACACACACAUGACAGUCAACCAAACUGCCAUUCUUUCUGUGACAGCAACAUCUACUUCUACAAGUUCUCGAGAUAAGUGUUGUAAUGAUUGCAGAAUCAUAAUCUAUAAUCAGAUCUGAGGAUCUUUUCUGGCUGGGUUUUUCCUCCUAGGAGGUUUUCCCAGGGUAAUUGUUUUCUCGUCUCUAUUUCAUUCUUUUCUUCAGUGUUUAAAUCUGAAACUAUAAAUUUCCUUACUAAUCAAAUUAAUUAGUAAACAAAUUUUGAUU